AUGGACGAUCCGCCGCCACCACCACCGCCGCCUCAUGGCGAAAAUCCCCAUACGACUGAAGGCGAAUAUCGCAAAUCUUCGGACCUGCCAGAUGGCAACUACGACAUCUUUAUCAUCCCACCUCACUCCGCUGGCUCGGGCUUCCUUUACCUUCCGUCGCUGCAGUGCAACCGAAACAGUUUCCUAGCAGGUGUCGCGAGCACACUGCUCGCAUGUUUCGUGUGGUCGUACAUCUCCCCGAUUGUGAAGGCAUGGUAUAUAGCCACGGUCGCUAGCGGCAGUGGUACGGGCAUGGCAGUACUUGCGAUCGGGGUGGGUGUCGUUGGAUGGCUUUUUGGCUCCAUCCAGUCUGCCAGCUCGGGAGACAAUAAAGGCAAUGGCGGUGCUCGAGGUGGGCGGUUCGGAUUUGGUGGCUUUGGUGGUGGUUCUGCGGGCCCAGGCGGUCCUGGAGGCCCGGGUGGCCCUAGGAACGCCGGUCGAAACACCAACCAACAGUCAUCGGGGGAAAUUAUAGCGGCAAUGGGGCGGGUCAGCAAGGACAACGGGGAGGAAACUUUGGUGGAGGACAAACCCACGGCAACCAAUAUUCCGGAGGAGGCUGAAAAGCGAGCUAAGGAGGAACGAGCGAAAGAGGAACGAGCGAAGGAAGAACGGGCUAAGGAAGAGCGGGCUAGGGAAGAGCGAGCUAGGGAAGAGCGAGCUAAGGAAGAGCGAGCUAAGGAGCAGCGCGCUAAGGAACAGCGUGCUAGGGAGGAGCGUGCUAGGGAGGAGCGUGCUCGGGAGGAACGUGCUAGGGAGGAACGCAUCAGAGAAGAACGAGCAAAGCAAGAGCGAGCUAGAGAGGAACGUGCUAAGGAGGAGCGUGCCAGAGAAGAACGCAUCAAGGAGGAGCGUGCCAGAGAGGAGCGGGCUAAGGAACGAGCCAGGGAAGAAGCCGAACGAGAGCGAGCAAAAGAAGAAACGAGGCGCAAAGAGGAGCUACGCCGAAAGAUGGAGGAGUUCAAGCGCAAGCGUGAUGCAGAGGCUAAAGAAAAGGAGAAAAAACGCGAGCGUGAAGCAAUGGAGAAGGAAUUACAGGAACGGCGCGAGCAGCUCGAAAAGGAAAUGGCUGCUGCGAGAGUCGCUGCGGAGAAGGAGGCACGCGAACGACUGGAGAAGGAAGCCGCAGAGGCCCGCGAGAGACAGGCAAAGGCCGAAGCCGAGGCAAAGGCCAAACUCGCAAAGUUGGAAGCAGAAGCCAAAGAGAAGGCUGCUAAAGAAGCCGCUGAAAAAGAAGCUGCUGCAAAGGCCGCCGCCCAAAAAGAAGCUAUGGCCAGAUUUGCGGCGCUCAAGGAAGCAGCAAGCAAGAAAUACGCCGAGAAGAAGGCGCAAGAUGCAAAGAAAGAGGCUGCUGCCAAAUCACCGCCGCCGAAGCCAGCUAGUACUAGCAAUCUGCCUCGCACGCCUUCUCCCAAAAAGCCAGCCCCUCCAGCCGCCAAAACUGCCAACGAUGACGAUGCGUACUCGUUUCGCCCUUACGACCGACCACGGCGGCCAUACGCGGCCGGCACAUCAGUAUACUCCGAGUCUUCAUAUGCACCUUCUCACUCGACUGCGCGUACAACACCUCCCCCUCACAUCGCAGAUCCAGAUAAGAUCGUGAUCCAAGGUGUAUACGCAUUCAACAAUGCCUUUAUGAAGACACCAGUGGCGCAACUUGUCUCGGGCCAAGGCAUGAUCACCGAUGGGCUGGUGCUGCGCAUCACAACCGAAGGUUUAUUCAUCGACGAUGACCUACGCGGCAUCGGCCAGCGUGAGUGGGACGUCAAGGCAUGGACCCUCAAGCUAGCGGAGGUUUGGUGUCCACAAGUGAACACUGCAUCCGCCAAAACUGCGUCCAGCAACCCUUUCUCUUUCCGUCGUGGGAACAACGUCCCCACCAACGAAGAAUCAGAGGCCUUUCUUGGUAACUUGCUUAAGGUAUGCAAGAAUACUUGCCGCCUGGCUUCGCCCAGUGCGUGCUUUGCGCGCAGCGCUACUGCCAGUCAUGAUGGUGGCCCCGUUCACCCGCCCCAGACGGAAUUUCGUGGGUUACACAUUCUCCGCGCCAGUGUUCGUGACCAAGAAGGCAAAAAGUAUGUCUUUGUAUUGCAGGAUACUGAGGCCUGGAAGGUCGCCAUCGGUCUCCAGCGGCUCCGGGCUGGUGCUCUGGUUCGCGCGCUGGGUGUCUCCGCUCUGCCAGUCCCUGAAUGCAAAACCAUGCUCAGUGCUCUCGGUUAUGUUUGA